AUGCACAAUCUCUAUCUUGGAACUGCAAAGCAGAUGAUCAACAUUUGGCGUGAUUCCAAGCUGAUCAGUGACAAGGAUUUUUUGACCAUGCAAGAACUUGCUAAUAGAGUUGUUGUAUCUUCUGGGUAUGCUCGUAUUACAAAGAAAAUUGGUGAUGGAUUCUCAUUUAUGAAGGCUGACGAGUGGAAGUCAUGGUGCAUAAUAUAUUUCCCAUUUGUUUUGAAGCACAUAAUUUCUGCCGUCAACCUUGCCAAUUGGAUACUUUUUGUAAAAGCAUAUUGUCUGCUAACUAAGCCGUUCAUAACUGUCAAAGAAACUGCAGAAGCUUACAAGUAUCUUCAAGAAUUUUGUAUCAAAUGUCAGACUUCUUAUAAAAAACCAGCAAUUACUCCAAACAUGCACUUGCAUCUUCACCUUAGCAAGUGUAUCAAUAAUUUUGGCCCUGUUUAUGUGUUUUGGCUGUUUAGUUUUGAGUGUUAUAAUGGUUUGCUAAAAAAAUUUGAGACAAAUCGGAAGGGUGGAUUUGAGUCAAUAAUGAUAAAGCAAUUUCUUGAAAAAGCAUACAUCGGCAGCUAUAUCAGAGCCUUUUCAACCAGUUUUGACAAAUUUAUUAUUACUUUCUUACACAGAAUUUCCAACAGCCACACUGGAAAAACCGCCCUGAUUAACAAUGUGGCCAGCCAUAAUGUUGUCUGCCGUUGUGCUCAAUGUAGCAGAAAUUCACAGGGAUACUCAUUGGUGACAAGCAGAACCACUGAGCACCAUAUUAGAAAAGAUGAGCUUGAGAGAAUCGAGAGACUGGAUACGGCUUAA